CCCGGGGCCCGGCGGGAGGGGCGCGCGGCGCGGGGGUGACCGGCGGGCGCAGGUGCGGCCCGCGGCGGGGGGCACCGGCCCUCCCCGAGCAGCCGUGCGCCCACCCGCCGGCUCCCGCGGUGGGCGCUGCCCUUCGGGGCCGGCGGCCAGCACCCCCUGGCCGGCGGCGGAGGGACCUGCGCGCGCGCACGGGCUUGGCAGCGGGAUGCCCGCCCCCGUCCUUCCCCAAGGGGGAGAGCUGGGCACUGACGACACCCCAGCCCGGUGGUCCCCACCCGGGUGGCGCGGGCGGGGGCGGGCGCGCGAGGGCCUGCACAGGUGCCUCGGUGCGGGCUGGGCCCUUUGUCUCCGGGCACCCUGGGGCGCGGGCACCCCGGGCGCCCGGUGCCCGCCCCGCGCCCCGCCGCCGUCCUUUGUGUGGCGCGCACGGGGCCGCCUCCGGGAGGACGCCGCGCCGGGCUGCGGGCGGGGGGCGCAGGUAGGACGCGGGUGGGUGGGCUCGGCCGCCGCCGCCCCGCCCCGGCCCGCCCCGGCCCGCCCCGGCCCGCCCCGCGCAGGUUCCGUCCCGCGCCCGCGGCCGCGCGCUCAGUGCGCUCGCUCCGUCGGCGGCGGCUCGGCGUCCUGCGGGGGUCUCUGCGCGCCCCCCAGCCCGGGGCCAGGCCACGGCGAUCAUCGUCCAGGAGCUGCCGGUGAAGCCGCGCGUCCCCGCCGCCUCCUCGGCCUGGCGGCUGCUGUCCCCUCGGGGGGUCAUGUGACCAGCGUCCCCUGGAAGCUCGGGACGGACUCCGGGACCCCGCCUCCCCGCGGCCCUGGGAGGAUGUGAGCGGCCGUCUGACGUGUCCCGAGCGCGCGCAGCCCGGCCCGGCCUCACCAUGCCCGCCAAGACCCCCAUCUACCUGAAGGCGGCCCACAAGAAGGGGAAGAAGUUCCGGCUGCGGGACGUGCUGUCCCCCGACAUGAUCAGCCCGCCGCUGGGCGACUUCCGGCACACCAUCCACAUCGGCAAGGAGGGCCAGCACGACGUCUUCGGGGACAUCUCCUUCCUGCAGGGCAACUACGAGCUGCUGCCCGGGGCCCCCGAGAAGGCCGCCCGGGGCCCCCUGCCCGGCCACGAGUUCUUCCGGGCCAACAGCACCUCGGACUCGGCGCUGCCCGAGACUCCGUCUCCCGUGCUCAAGAACGCCAUCUCGCUGCCCAGCAUCGGGGGCUCGCAGGCACUGGUGCUGCCGCUGCUGUCCCCGGUCACCUUCCACGCCAGGCAGGAGGCCCGGCCGGGCCGCGCGCCCCCCGGGCCCCCGAGGGAGCCCCCGCCCGCGCCCCCCGCCGACGUGUCCUGGGCCUCCAGUGGCUCCGCCUCGCGGUCCAGCCAGGGCAGGGACAGCCACUCGUCCAGCCUGUCCGAACAGUACCCCGACUGGCCGGCCGAGGACCUGCUGGACCCGCCGCCACCGGCCCCCUGCCCGCUGGGCCCGGGGAAGACCCCGUCCCAGACGUCCCUGUCCGACCUCACGGGCUCGCUCCUGUCCCUGCAGCUGGACCUGGGGCCCUCGCUGCUGGACGAGGUGCUGAACGUCAUGGACAAGAACAAGUAGCCACAGGAGGAGGAGGAGAACCAAGCCCCCCGGCCCCCUCGUGAGGGGCGGGCGGGGACACCGGCCGAGCCGGCAGCUGAGAGACGAACCUCAGAAUGUUCCUACAAGACUCACUUUCGUUGUUGCAAGACCCUCCGUCCCCCACUCCCCCCCAAAAAAACAAAAGCGGUUGAAAAGCAAAAAAAAAAAAAUACAAAAACCCGCCACAUUCUGGCCUCAGGAGGGCGCUGCAGCCAGCGAGGGCGUCCCCGGGUGGGGCUCGCGACCCAGGGCUGCGGGAGUCGCCCCCCCGGAGACUUUCUGCAGGACGCGGCGUCCCCCCGCGCCUCCUGUUCCGGACUUUCUCCGGAGGGGUCUGCCCGGGCUCCGUGCGGCAGACGCUUCAGUGUUACGGCUUUCCUGUUUCCACACGGGGCUCUGGGUGGGGGGUGGUCCGAGGGGCUCUUUCCCCCCGUCUGUUGUAUCUACUUUAUCGCGGGAUCCACAGUGGCUGACACGCUGGUAUGACACAGCAAAGUAUUCCCGUAACUAAGUUAUUUUUAAAGUUAAAAUAUAUUUUUAUGUGCCUUUGC